AUGAGAUCAUUCUUUCAACAGUCAAGCAAUAAUGAAUCACUCUUUGUCAUGCAUGAUCUUAUCAAUGAUCUAGCUCAAUGGGCAGCAAAAGGCUUAUGCUAUAGAUUGGAAGAUACUCUCAGCAGUAACAAGCAAUCCAAGAUUUCUGCAAAGGUAAGACAUUUCUCUUACAUUCCAUGUCAGUUUGAUGGCAUCAAGAAGUUUGAAUACUUCCCCAAAGAUAUGCAUCUACGAACCUUUCUACCCCUACCAAGAAAUAACAUGUGCCACUUAACAAACUAUGUUCCUAAUUGUUUGCUACCACAAUUAAGCUACUUAAGGGUAAUGUCUUUAUGUGGUUAUGAAAUCAUUGAGCUAACAAGUUCAAUCGGUGAUCUGAAACAUUUAAGAUACCUCAACCUUUCUCAUACUUCAAUUAGAAGUUUACUAGAAUCAACAAGUUUUCUAUAUAAUUUGCAAACAUUGAUGUUGAAAGGUUGUCACAAACUUACAAAGUUACCGGAGAAAAUUAAGGAUCUAGUUAAUCUUCGGUAUCUCGACAUUACAGAUACCAAUUUAAUUAGAGAAAUGCCAAUGGGAAUAGAAAAAUUAAAGAACUUACAUACACUAUCUAAUUUUGUUGUGGGGAAAGAUAGUGGGUCCAAGAUAGGAGACUUGAUGAACUUGGAGUUUCUUCGGGGAAGACUUUGCAUUUCGAGUUUAGAGAAUGUUCUUGAUGUUGAGGAUGCAAGAAGGGUCAAUUUAAAUGGCAAGAAGAAUUUAGAUGCACCAGUGAUCAAAUGGGGGUUUGCACCUAAAGAUUUACAAUAUGAAAGCAUUGCAAUAGAUAUUCUUGACAUGCUACGACCUUGGACAACGAUGAAAGAACUUUCAAUUGAUGGCUAUAUUGGUGUGAAAUUCCCAACAUGGAUAGGAGAUCAUUCCUUUUCUAAUAUUGUGGACUUAAAGAUUGUUAGAUGUGAAAAAUGCACGUCCUUACCCGCUAUUGGACAUCUAUUCUCCCUCAAAUUCCUUAUCAUUAUGAGUAUGUCUAAGGUGCAAACCAUUGGUCCUGAGUUUUAUGGGGAAGGUUGCUUGACACCUUUUCGAUUCUUAGAAAAACUUCACUUUGAGGAUAUGCAAGAAUGGCAAGAUUGGAUUCCUUGUGGAGUUGAGUACGGAGAUUUCCCUUGCUUGCGUGAGCUUUUUAUCUCUCAAUGCCCCAAAUUGCAAGGAAAAUUGCCAAACCAUCUUUCAUCAUUGGAAAACUUUUCUAUUAAAUAUUGUGAGCAGUUGGUUAUAUCAAUUCCAAGCCUUCCAAUUCUCCAAGAAUUAGAAAUUGUGGGAUGCAAAGAGGUGGUGAGCAAAAAUAAGGAAGACUUAUGCUUGCUAAAGUCAAUUAUUUUUUCUAUUCCUGGUCUUAAAAGCUUAACAAAAGAGUUCAUGGAAGGGUUAGGAAAGGUAAAAAACCUAAAGGUAAUUGAUUGCGAUGAGCUGACAUCUUUGUGGCAAGAUAGUCUCAUGUCCCUUGUGAAGUUGGAAAUCUGGUCGUGCCCUAGUCUCAUCAACAUCAGCUUGACGUCUAUGUUAAAGACACUGUAUAUUAAAGGUUGCGGUGCUUUAAAAUCCUUGCCAAUGUCCAAUUGUACAUGCUUGGAAUAUGCAACUAUUGAGCACUGUAAUUCUUUAAUGUUCAUUUCAAGACACCAGCUACCCCCAACAUUGAAAAGGCUAGAGAUACAAAGAUGUGCGAAUUUGCAGUUUUUGAUAGAUGAGGGAGAGGCGUCUUCUUUAUUAACGAAAGAGGAGAGUAUUAAGAGCAAUGCAUCACUUCUUGAGCACUCGUAUAUUAGUAAUUGUCCAUCUCUAAAUUGUGUAUCAUUAAGAGGUGAGCUAUCUGAGAAGCUUAAACACCUUGAAAUUUGGACAUGCUCAAAGCUGACAUCCUUAUCAUCAAGAAACCAGUUACCUAUGGCUCUUAAAUACCUUCAAACUCACGUCUCUUAUGGUAAUGGAUUUCAAGAUUGGCAGUCGUUUCCUGAGGAGGAUGAUGGGAAGAUGAUGAUGCUGCUACCUACUUCUCUCACCUCCCUUUGUAUCCUAAAUUUUCCUAAUAUAGUGUUACUAUCAUCCAAGGCCUUUCAAAACCUCUCUGCUCUUGAAAAACUGUAUAUCGACAAUUGCCCUAAACUAGCAUAUCUCCCAGAGGGCCUGCCUCCCACACUUCUGAAGCUUUAUGUUUACAAUUGUCCAGUGCUGAAACAACAAUGCAAGAAAGGAAAAGGGCAAGAGUGGUUGAAGAAGAUCAACAACAUCCCGUUGGUUAAGAUUGAUUACCAGUCCAUCUAUGAGCUGGAGGAGGAUGAGUAA